AAGAAGAAGAAGAAGAAGGAAGCCGCGUUUUCAUUUCUAUCCCUGGAUCAUUGCCUGUUCAAUCCCUGGAGCACACGACGGGUUCCCUUGUGUGAUGCGAUGCCUUGAAUGUCGGUAUCUGCGAUGCGCCAACCCGAAAAACUCGAUCGCUGCACCAUCUCUUCGCAAGCGGGAACCGGGAUAAUCGCCUGCCCCCAAGGACAGAACCACGAUCAAUUUGCGUCCCAAUUCAGCUACCCAGUAUCCUACCGUGUCGUCGCAUGACUGGGUCAAAUUGGGGUUUGGCCGGAAGAGUCAACUGAGACGGUCGCAGCGCUCGUGCCGAGGCCGAAUGCGGCCAUUGUGCGGCUCCGUGCACUGCCCUCUGAAUUCAUCACCCCGUCAGGUCCGUGCUGGGUCAAAAAAUUCCCCCAGUGGUUCACCUGGAACGAUCGCUUCUUCGUCAACCCCUCGCAAUCGGACGCCGUUGUCUUCAGUUUUCCUUGGAUCUUUCAUCGCGGUCGGAUCACUUCUCAUCGUCUGGCUUAUCCCAUUUCGAUCCUGUGGAAUCGCUGCAUCGCGCGGAUUAUUGGGGCAAAAACGUGGUUCUCGGAUUGACGGAUUUUCUUCGCCUUCGCCUUUCUUCUUCGAUCUUUCUUUCCUUUGGUCGAUCUUCUCUGUUGCGAUCGUCUCGGCUCAUUGAUUGCCAUCUUCCAUACUAAUCCUUCCCUGCUCUUAGGAAUUGAAUACCCUUUCGAUCAUUUCCAAGUAUCAACGACCGUACGCUUCUUUGCUUGACGACUCCAACGAAUUUCAAGUCAUCCUGGCCGUUACGGAAUAGAAAAGUUUGUCUUGUUCGGGUUUUGCUCUUUGAAAAGAUAUCGUUCGCGCUCCUGUUGUCUUCACGAAAUUUCGGCUUCAAUCUCCGCCAAUAUGUCUUUCCAGAACUUCGAUUCGUUCCAAAACCAGCACCCCGCUGCUGACGCCGCCGCCGCCGCGUCUGGCGCUCCCGCGACCGCGGAUACCGCCAUGACCGGCCAGGCCGACCCCGCUACCGCGUCUUUCCAGGGUCCUGCUCCCGGCGAGCCCAACGCCGCUGCUUCUCAGCAGCCCGCCGAGGGCAAGACCACUCUCUGGAUGGGUGAGCUUGAGCCUUGGAUUGAUGAGAACUUCGUCCGCAACCUGUGGUUCCAGAUGGGUGAGCAGGUCAACGUGAAGAUGAUCCGUGACAAGUUCUCUGG